AUGUCUGGUGCUGAUGAUGGGACUAGCAAUAUUGCAAAAAAGGAAUUGAGAAGAAUACGCAUCAAAAACCUAAUUACUACAACAAAAGACCCUGUUAAAAACUUGUCAUUUGAUAUGAUUAAAAAAGCAUAUUAUAAAGAUGAUCUUGAUGAUUUUAAUAGAAUUGAUGAUGUCAAUAAACAAUAUGUUGUCGACGUUUUCCGUAUAUUCAAUUUAUUUCAACUUUCAGAAGAUGAAAAAGAUGCUGGAUUUUCAGGAAAUUUAAAUUUACCAUAUAAUAAAAGUAUUUUCCAUAAUAUACCAUGGUUCACCAUGACAAUGACAAGACCUGAAAUUAUAAUUAAUCCAGUAUUAGAUCCACACAACAAAUUCAUUUGUCAUGUAAUUGAUUCAAUUUUCAAGGAUGAAAAUGAUAGGAAAUCAAUGUAUGAUGAGAAAAUUAUUAAAGAGCUUAUGAAUCCUUCACAGAGAUUGAAUACAAGUAAAUUGAUGCAGGAUAACAGAGAUAUCGUUAUUACAAACUCCCAAGAGAUCCCCAUUGAUGAAAUCUCUAUGAUUUGUAAUGGUGUUAUACGAAAAAUUGAGUUAUUUGGAGAAAAGAAUGUUUUUAAAACUGAUUUCCUUAUGACAUGGCUUUGGGAUUACAGGUAUUAUGGAAAUGAAAAUGAUAAAUUUAAUGAUAUAAAAAACGAAAUUAUAGAAAAGACAAUAAAUAAUGAAAAAUUCAAUAGUAUGGAUUUAGAUUCGAAAAUGGCAAGGUUUUAUCAAAUCAUCAUGGAUUCAAGAGUAAACCCAAUCAAUGAGUAUAAAGAUAUAACUUUAAAAAUCAUUCAUUCUAUUGAGAAUAUAAAUAGAGCAAUGUCAGUAUUCUAUCCCUCUCUUAGAAUUCAUGAGGAUGAAUUAAUCAAAAGAUACACGUCAAGCAGAUCCAAUAACAAUGAAUCCAAUAAAAUUGAACAAAAUGAAUCAUUAAUCACUAGUGAUACAAAUUCAAAUUACAACAGGUCAAUAAUGCAUAUUCCAAUACAUAUUAGUUCAUUAAAUAACGGUUCAAGGCAUUCAUUAGUGGUGUUUGAAUCUAAGAGGUUUAAAAAAUUAAAAGAAAUUUUCAAAGAAUUUAUAGGAAAUUCAGUAGAAAAUCAAGUCAACUCUGAUAACUAUGAACAUAAACUUAUAAGAAAUAUGAUAAAGGAACUAAUUACAUAUAUGAAUGAAACUGGAUGUAAUAUAGGAAUUUUAACAAAUUUAUCAAGUAUAAUUAUUUUAGAACUGAAUGUGAAGAAAUCUAAAGUUUUUGAGAUUAAUGAACAAAAAGUAUUAGAUUUGAAUAUAAGAUAUAAAAUUAUGGGUUAUGAAGAUCAAUUACUUACUAUAAAUUGGGCAAUUAUCUAUACAAUUAUAAGAGCUGGUAAUAUUUUGGAGGAUGACUUGAAUUAUUUAAAUGAUAAAAAUCAAAAGAAAAAUAAGUUUGAUCAUUUAUUUAAACGUACAAUUACUGAAAAAUUAGAUAAUGAAAGUGUUCAUUACUUAGCAAAUUGUUCAGAAAAAUAUGAUUAUGUUUCUGAAUGUUUUAGCUUAAAGAUCUCUGAAAUUUUCCCUGACGGUAUAAAUAAAACAAAUGCUUUACAAAGAGGAGAUGAAUUCCAUAGUCAAGUAUUUAAAAUACCAUAUAAAAAUGUUAAAGAUGGGUUAGGUUAUGAAAUUGAUGGGGUUUCAUUAAAUGAUGAAUUGAUUUUAAAAAUUUAUCAAAUAGAUUUAUUAGAUUUUAAUAAGUUUGAGGACAAACAAAUAUUUAAACAUUUUCAAAGAGAAGUUGAAGGUUUGAAAAUCAUUGGGAAUCAUAAUGAAAAUUGUUCAGAUGAGUCCAAAGUUAUUAAUUGUCCCAAAAUUUACAAGAGUUUUAUUAUAAAUCUAACAAAUUCAAGAACCUGUUUAUCAGAGAUACAUGGGUAUGCUGUUUUAAUGGAAAGAAUCCAGGGAAGGAAAGUUUAUUCAGAUGAAUUUAAAUCAAAUUCACGUAUUGAGAGAGAAUUAGAUAGACAGCUUAAAAUUCUAGACAGUUUAAAAAUUUAUCAUAAUGAUAUAGCAACAAGGAAUUUGAUAUAUAGAAAAGUUGAUGAAAAACUCUUUAUUAUAGAUUGGGGGUUAUCUGAGAUUGUAUAA